AUGCAGCAGCCGGGCGGCGCGGACGGGAGCCUCCCGCUGCUGCUGCCGCUGCUGCUGCUGCUGCGAGCGGGGAGCCGCGCCGAGCCCGGGGACGCCACGCAAGGAGUGAAUUCCUCGCUUGUUGCUGAUUUCAUGCCCACGUCCUCAUGGAACAUCUCAAGUGAAUUAGAUAAAGAUUAUUUCCUGACGCUGGACGAGCCCAUGAACAACAUCACCACCACGCUGGGCCAGACGGCAGAGCUGCACUGCAAGGUGUCAGGGAACCCCCCUCCCACGGUGAGGUGGCUGAAGAACGACGCGCCCGUGGUGCAGGAGCCGCGCAGGAUCUCCUUCCGAGCCACCCCCUACGGCUCCCGCCUGCGCAUCCGCAACCUGGACACCACCGACACCGGCUACUUCCAGUGCGUGGCCACCAACGGCAGGAGGACCGUGUCCACCACCGGCGUGCUCUUCGUCAAGUUUGGUCCCCCGCCAACAGCGAGCCCAGGAUCCUCGGAUGAGUAUGAGGAGGAUGGGUUUUGCCAGCCCUACAGGGGCAUCGCCUGUGCCCGCUUCAUUGGCAACAGAACCAUCUACAUGGAGUCCCUGCACAUGCAGGGGGAGAUAGAAAAUCAGAUUACAGCUGCCUUCACCAUGAUCGGCACCUCCAGCCACCUGUCGGACAAGUGCUCCCAGUUUGCCAUCCCCUCCUUGUGCCACUACGCCUUCCCCUACUGCGACGAGACCUCCUCUGUCCCCAAGCCGCGGGACCUGUGCCGGGAUGAGUGUGAGAUCCUGGAGAACGUGCUGUGCCAGACCGAGUACAUCUUUGCCAGGUCCAACCCCAUGAUCCUGAUGAGGCUCAAGCUGCCCAACUGCGAAGAUCUGCCCCAGCCCGACAGCCCUGAGGCCGUCAACUGCAUCCGCAUCGGCAUUCCCAUGGCCGACCCCAUCAACAAGAAUCACAGGUGCUACAACAGCACGGGCGUGGAUUACCGGGGCACGGUGAGCGUGACGCGCUCGGGGCGGCAGUGCCAGCCCUGGAACUCGCAGUACCCCCACACCCACACCUUCACUGCUGCCAGGUACCCCGAGCUCAACGGGGGCCACUCCUACUGCAGGAACCCUGGCAACCAGAAGGACGCCCCGUGGUGCUUCACCCUGGAUGAGAACCUCAAGUCAGAGCUCUGCGAUGUCCCAGCCUGUGAUUACAAGGAUUCCAAGGAGAAGAACAAAAUGGAAAUCCUGUACAUCCUGGUGCCAAGUGUCACCAUCCCCCUGGCCAUAGCCUUGCUGUUCUUCUUCAUCUGCAUCUGUCGGAACAACCAGAAAUCCUCGUCCCCUCCGGUGCAGAGGCAGCCCAAGCACGUCCGGGGGCAGAACGUGGAGAUGUCCAUGCUCAACGCCUACAAACCAAAGAGCAAAGCCAAGGAGCUGCCCCUCUCCGCCGUGCGCUUCAUGGAGGAGCUGGGCGAGUGCGCUUUUGGGAAGAUCUACAAGGGCCACCUCUACCUGCCGGGCAUGGACCACGCCCAGCUGGUGGCCAUCAAGACCCUCAAGGACUUCAACAACCCUCAGCAGUGGGCGGAAUUCCAGCAGGAGGCGUCGCUGAUGGCCGAGCUGCACCACCCCAACAUCGUGUGCCUGCUGGGCUGCGUGACGCAGGAGCAGCCCGUGUGCCUCCUGUUCGAGUACACCAACCAGGGCGACCUGCACGAGUUCCUGGUGAUGCGCUCGCCCCACUCGGACGUGGGCUGCAGCAGCGACGAGGACGGCACGGUCAAGUCCAGCCUGGACCACGGGGACUUCCUGCACAUCGCGGUGCAGAUCGCCGCCGGCAUGGAGUACCUGGCCGGGCACUUCUUCGUGCACAAGGACCUGGCCGCCCGCAACAUCCUGAUCGGGGAGCAGCUCCACGUGAAGAUCUCCGACCUGGGGCUCUCCAGGGAGAUCUACUCGGCCGAUUACUACAGGGUGCAGAACAAGUCCCUGCUGCCCAUCCGCUGGAUGCCCCCCGAGGCCAUCAUGUACGGCAAGUUCUCCUCCGACUCCGACAUCUGGUCCUUCGGGGUGGUUUUGUGGGAAAUAUUCAGCUUCGGCCUCCAGCCCUACUACGGGUUCAGCAACCAGGAGGUGAUCGAGAUGAUCCGGAAGCGCCAGCUGCUGCCGUGCUCCGAGGACUGUCCCCCCAGGAUGUACAGCCUGAUGACGGAGUGCUGGCACGACCUGCCCUCCCGCAGGCCGCGCUUCAAGGAGAUCCACGCGCGCCUGCGCUCCUGGGAGGGCCUCUCCAGCCAUACCAGCUCCACCACCCCCUCGGGCGGCAACGCCACCACCCAGACCACCUCGCUGAGCGCCAGCCCCGUCAGCAACCUCAGCAACCCCCGGUACCCCAACUACAUGUUCCCGGCACAGGGCAUCCCCCAGGGCCAGCUGGCGGGGUUCAUGGGGCCGCCGCUGGCGCAGAACCAGCGCUACAUCCCCAUCAAUGGGUUCCCCAUCCCGCCGGGCUACGCCGCCUUCCCCGCGCCCCACUACGCCCCGCAGGCCGCCCCCAGGGUGAUCCAGCACUGCCCCCCUCCCAAGAGCCGCUCGCCCAGCAGCGCCAGCGGCUCCACCAGCACGGGCCACGUCACCAGCCUGCCCUCGUCGGGCUCCAACCAGGAGGCCAACAUUCCCCUGCUGUCCCACAUGGCCAUCCCCAGCCACCCGGCGGGCAUGGGCAUGACGGUGUUUGGCAACAAAACUCAAAAACCCUACAAAAUGGACUCCAAGCAGUCUUCCCUGCUGGGGGACUCCAGCGUGCACGGACCCAACGACUCGGUGAUCUCGGCAGAGUUGUAA